AUGCGAUAUUUCGAAUAUAUAAAGCACCAAUUGCUCAUGGAGUACUGGUACUCGUACUAUCGCAAUGUCAACCCAUCUGGUAUUGUUCAAGCAUCUGAAGUCAGGUUUGAAAUUUCAAUACCGAGUGAUCAAGUUGUCACGUUCAAGUCACUUUCUGCGCAGGAAGAAUAUGUGAUUCCAGAAUGCUACUGGUAA